GUCUCCUAUCACAUUUUUUCCUCUCUAAUAUUUGCUUUUAUUAUUUUAUCAUCACACCAUUUUAUAAUCAUGUUUAAUUUUUUUUCGUUGUGAUCAGGCAAUGUUGGUAUGGUCAAGGAUGCAACAGAAUCCACUGCAAGAGUUGAACUCCACACAACUUGUCAAACCAUCUCGGUUGACAGGUCUCACAUUGCCGCUGUUGGAGCAACCUCCAGGGAUGGCUCUCUCUCCAGCUACAAUCGAACGCCGUAUGGAACCUCUGGACAAACACCUAUGCAUGGUUCUAUGACUCCUUGCGACGAAGGUUCAAGGACUCCUCAUUAUGGUGGCAUGACGCCACUGCACGAUGGUUCACGCACUCCUGGUGCCUGGGACCCGUCGGUCACAAACACCCCUGGAAGAUCGGAUGAUUCAUUUUUAUACACCCCCCAGACCCCCAACUCCCUGUACGCCUCCUCCGACCAUUCGUAUUCACCCAUUCAGCCAAGCCCAUCACCAUCUGGUCUCUCUGGCAUGAUGGAUGACAACCAAAGCAUAAGUAAUGAACUGCACAAUUGGCUGACAACCGACAUAGAGGUCAGGAUAAAAGAAUCUAUCCAUGACCCAGACUUAGCUGGACAAAAUGGAAUCGUCCGAAAUAUAUCA